GGAGGUUGCUGCGGCAGGAGACGAGGAGACACCGGGCCUCGAGGAAGCAAACUGUAUUCGCCGGAGAGCGCACGGCGACCGUAUUCGACGCCGAUCCGAACGUCGCCGAACGUCGUCGCCGGUCUGGGGCUCUCUCUGGCUCGGCUUCCUCCUCCUCUCUUGCCCCGUCGAUCUCCCCGUGUCUCUCCUCUCCUCUUUCCCUCUCUCUCUCUCUCUCUCUCUCUCGCUCUCUAUCUCUUUUCUCUCUCUUUCUCUCUCCCUAUCUCUUUACUCCCAACUGUCUCCUCUGCUAUGCCUGUCUUUCGCCCACCCUCCGAGGCGACUCUUUACCUGCUCGGUACACCUCUGUCAUAGCUUCUCUCUGUUUCGCGUCUCGUCACGGUGAAGGGUAGGUAACGAUACGCCGCGGUCCUCGACGCAGUUGUGUGCUGCUGCUGCUGCUGCUGCUGCUGGUGGUGCUUGUGCUUUCCCGGCGGUGUCGGCGGUGCCAGUGGUGGUAGUGGAGGAAGCAACGCUCGGACAGGGAGAGGCGGCCAGGAAGCUCUAGGGCGGAGGAGAUCGAGCCGGGCUACGUGCACGAUGCUGCAGGCUGGCCCUGCGAACUUGUCGCAGCUUGAACAGUGCGCCAGCCCGUCGCAGGGCCGAUAUUCUCGGGAGUGCGGUUCGCUGUUACGGUUCCGCGCGCGAAAGUAGCGAGUCUGGGCCGAGCUACCGGGCCGUGUGUCGGUGUUUCCCCGGUGUCUUCCGACGCGAGCGAGGCCGGAAAUCGAGAGCCGAGCGUGUCCAGGUGGAUGUUGACGCUGGAUCGCGGGAGAGGACGGUGCGGGGGCGUAGCGUCGGCACGUCGGAAAUCAGCCAGACGCCGGGACAGUCGAUCGUUCCUCGUGAAAACGCCGCGAGGCUCGCACUCGCGUUCGUGCUGUGCGUGACAAACGACGGCGACGCACCGGAUCCAACGACGCCAGUGCCCGCGGACACGCCCGACGUCUUCCUGAAAACAGCUCGCCGUGAUUCCCGUCACGUGGACCAGAUAUCCCCUAAGAGGACUGUCCCCGUCUCCCGCCUGCCCGGCCCGGCCCGGCCCGGUCCGGCCGUUUCCCGGGGCUCAGCUUCGCGGAGGAAACGCGGCCCGAGCUGAAACGAAAAGAGGAUGCGGCACACCUUCGGCAAAAGGGAACACGACGUCCGGAGAGGAAGCCUAAUGUUUCCAAACGACAUGGGGCUGCUAAUGUUCCUAGCUGUGACGGUAUCCCUCUUGGGCUACUGCCAAACCGACGAAAAAGUGUCGUUCUACGGGGCGAGCUACAUUCAUCUCCCGGUCCAAGAAGCCAAGGGUGCGACCGAUAUCAGCUUCCGGUUCCGAACUCAUCUCGCGGACGCUAUGCUGCUGUUGGCCGCCGGCAAGACGGAUUACUGCCUGAUCAAACUCGAAGCCGGCAGAUUGAAGGUCCACAUUAAUCUGGGCGCCGGCGAGAGCGAGAUGGCCAGCACCCCGGGCCUCACGCUGAACGACCUCAGCUGGCACGAGGUCAAUCUGACCAGGAGAGAGGCGAACAUCACGCUGAGGAUCGACGUGAUACACACGACCAAGUCAUUGCUGCCGGGACGGUUCUUCGAGCUAAACAUACACUACGGCGUCUUCAUCGGGGGACAGGGUGACUUCAACGAGCUAUUUCUAGGGCACACGGACUACUUGAGGGGCUGCAUGGCGGACAUAAUCUACAACGGUGCCAGAGUUAUACAGUACGCAAAGUCGAGGAAGGGCCAGUCGGAGGUUACGGCGGUGACGUGGGGCUGCUCGCCGGAAUUCGACGCGACCAGGAGCACGGAAGUCAGCUUCGUCGAAGACGGCGCGUUCACGGCGAUCCCGAGGCCCAUUCCCCGUUCUGGAUCGAGAUGGGAGUUCGAGUUGAAGACGGCCGCGGAGACCGGCCUGCUGCUCUACAACACCGGGCAAUCAUCGUACGCCGAUUACCUCGGGAUCGAGUUGUUCGAGGGUAAAAUACGUCUGCUGAUGAACAAAGGGAACGGGCCGACCGAGUUGAUACACGGCGCGCCGGUAAACGACGGUAAAUGGCAUCGAGUGGUCGUCGAUUUCAACCCGAGCGGAAUCGGGAUCACGGUGGACCGGCAGGAAAGAACGAUCGGUCUGCCGAGCGGCGGGAACCGGUACCUGGAUCUAGCGGACACCCUCUACAUAGGCGGUACAGAGCUGAACAAGCGAGCCAGAGCCCUCGGCAAGGGUCUCAAGUCCGGCGACCUGAGCUACAAGGGCUGCCUGCGAAGUAUGCAGCUGGACAACAAGGAGCUCGGCCUGCCGGACGUCAAGAUCAGCCAGGGGAUCGUGGUCGGCUGUGUUUGGGGAUUCCCGUGCAUCGAGGCGGAGCCCUGCGUGCCGGACGCCGUUUGCUCCCAGCUGGGUGUCACCUCGUUUAAGUGCGACUGCGAUCAACCGUUGUGCAUCAAGCCGAGCUACGCCGAGGAUUACAAGGUGUACUCGAAGGGAAAUUUACCCGUGAACCUGGAGAUCCUCUCGCUGAGUCCGCUGCUCGUAUCCGAGGGUGAACACGUGCCAGUGACGAGUGAUAACAUUGCCAUGGUGUUAGACAUCGCUAAAUAUGGGGUCGAAGAGGACGGCGUUAUCUUCACCCUGGUUACGCCGCCCACCUAUGGAAACCUGGCCCUGGACCUCCUAACGACCAGAACAGAGCACUCCUUCACUCUCCAAGACAUUAAUCGAGAUAAGAUACAGUACAUGCACGACGGCAGCGAGACCACGGAGGACAGCAUGAUCCUGGAGGUGACGCUGGUGGCGGGCGCCGGUUACACGUUACCUGGCUAUCUCCAAGGACGACUGAGGUUCCCGCUACACGUCAACGUUACGCCCGUUAAUGACCCGCCGUUGCUCGAGAUAUCGACCGCGAAAGUGCUGCGUCUCGCUCAGGGGACAAGGAAGAUUCUGACGAAAGAACUAGUUUGGGCGAUCGACGCCGACACGCCGUCGGAUAUGCUGGUCUACACCGUUCUGCGUACCGACGCCGACGCUGGCUACGUAGAGAGGGUUACUUAUCCCUCGCGACCCAUCGACACGUUCACUCAAGCCGAAUUGAUGCAAGGAUUAAUUGCAUACGUACACCGGGGAAAUGCGAAACCGAACGCAAAGUUAGACCUCCAGGUGAGUGACGGGAUCGAGAGCAGCAAGCCGGCGAGCCUGAGGGUGGCUGCUCAUUCUUUGGACAUCAAGCUGAUGCACAACACGGGGCUGGUGGUGGUGCAUCGAUCUUUCUCGUACCUGACCCCGGCGAACCUUUCUUUCACCACGAACUCGGACGACAACACUAUAGACAUCCGCUACGACAUUGUCUCGCCGCCCCAAUUCGGCACGAUUCAGAAGCUGAAGGACGUCUCGGGCAGCUGGACGAACGUCAACUACUUCACCAGCAGGGACGUCGAGCUGCAUACGGUCAGGUAUCUUCACAACGAGGGCAGCCCGAACCAGGACGAGCUGAAGUUCCAAGCGAGCGUGCGAGAGGUCAGGGCGCAUCACACCUACGACUUCAAAAUUAUGUUCAUCGAUUUAGAAUUGAAAGAAAUGAAAAGGGUGUCCAUAAACUUCACGAACGUCGCCGAUGUCGUCGUCACCGGGCAGAACCUCAGGUACCAGACGAACCCUUUGCUGACCUCGUCCAGCAAGAUCGCGUUCACCGUGACGACGGGGCCGAGAUACGGUAACCUGUUACUUUCGAACGAAAAGCUAGGAGUCGGGGACGCCUUCACUCAGGAGGACAUCGACUCCGCUCGACUCGUCUAUCGGCUUUUCAAGCGAGCACACUCGACGAUCCUCGACGAGAUCGGGUUCAAGGUCAGCGCGCCGCAGUGCAUCGACCUGCACGGCAGCCUAAAGCUCAGGCAUUACCUCAGCAAGAGCAUGAAGCCGUUGGACAGCGUGGAGACGUUGCGCGUGGACGAAGGGUCGCGCGUCAACGUCAGGAUCCACAGGAUCAACGCUAAGGACUACGGGGUGACGUCGUUGACAUACAACAUGACCAUGCCGCCUCGUCACGGCUGGCUCACCGUCGUCAACAACUCCAGGUCCCAUUCACGAAACAACACGUUCUACUUCACGUCCGAGGAACUCGCCUCGCAGAGGGUCUACUACGUUCACGACGACUCCGAAACCCGCGAGGAUUCCUUCCAGUACGUGGCGAUCGCCGCGGACCCCGUGGACUUCAUGUACGUCGGUUCUUUCCGCGUCGAAAUUACCAUGAAGAACGACAACGUACCGGAGCGAUCGGUGAACAAAGUGUUCCAGGUAGUAUCGAAAGGGGAGAGGCUGAUCACCAGCAAGGACCUGGCUUACGUGGACAAGGACGUGGACACGAAGCCUAGCGAGCUGAUCUACACUAGAAGAGACACGCAGAGGAACGGGAUUGUCAGAGUAUCGAACCCUACCGUGCAGGUGUACGAGUUCAGCCAGCUAGACAUCAACAACGGACAGAUCCUGUUCAGACACCAGGGCGACGACCAUGGGAGAUUCGAGUUCAGCGUCACCGACGGACACUUCUACACGGCCGGCGUCCUCGAGAUUCAAGCUAGUCCGCCGUACAUCAGGUUGAGAGUGAACAACGGGUCCGUGGUGCAGUUCAACCGAUCGGUGGCCUUGAGGCCGAACGAAUUCGACAUCGAGACGAACGUGUACACGUCCGAGAAGGAGAUCAAGUACACCGUGCUGGAGAAACCGAAACACGGGAUACUGUUGAAGCCCGGAAAAGAAGCGAACUCGUUCACCGAGGAGGAUCUACGGUACGGCACAGUGACGUACAAGCACUUAGGUGGCUCGCUGGCCUGGGACGACUUCAAGUUCAAGGUGUCGGCGAAAGGAGCGGAGGCCGAGAGCGUGUUCCCGGUGAAGAUCUACCCCGAGAGCUACUGGCAGCCGCUGAUCGUGCAGAGCAAUAAAACGGUGUUCGUGGAGGAAGCAACCAGUGUGCUAUUGAAUCAGAAGAGCCUCGAGGUGAUGCACCCGAAGAUACCGGCCUCCGAGAUCGUCUACUUCCUGAAGGAAUGGCCGCAGAACGGAUACCUCGAGCUGCAGAUUCACGACGAGCACACCGAAGAGGCUCGAGAGGAUUACAUCGGUAACGCGGUGAAGAGCUUCGAUCAGAAGCUCGUGAACGAGGGCAGGGUGUUUUACGUACAGUCUGUGAUCAAUCAAACGAACGACAAGUUCGUCGUCGACGCGACCAACGGAAUCACCUGGUUACACGAUCUCAACGUGAACUUCGUGAUCGUCCCGGAGAAGCUCUACGUCGAGGCGAAGAGUCUCGUUGUGAUCGAAGGGAAGAGCACGGUCCUCGACGAAAAGAGUUUCGUGAUCCUAACGCCUUACUACUCCGGCAAGGUGACCGACUAUCGGGUCACCGAGAAACCGAAACACGGAACCGUGCUAGACGCGACGAAGAACACCCAGGUGAAGAAGUUCUCUCAGAAACACCUGGCCGCUGGAACGAUCCUCUACAAGCACAACGGCGACGAGUCCUCCAAGGACUCGUUCAAGAUGGUCCUCGUUGCAGGGGACAAGACCAGCGAACCGUUCGACGUCUGGGUCAACGUGCAACCCGUUAACGACGAACUACCAGUGCUAAUUAACAGGACUAAGUUGUACGUCUGGCAAGGUGGCUCGAUCCCUGUGACGUCGACCAACCUGGCAGCGGUCGAUAACGACACCACGGCUCCAGAUUUGAUCUUCAACAUCACCGGCGUUAGAAACGGGUUCAUAUCUUUGAAGUCGAAGCCGAUAGUGGAUGUCUAUAGCUUUACGCAGGAACAGGUUGAUCAGGCGAUGAUCCUCUUCACCCAUACAAAUGGAUCCGACGCUGAGUUCAACUUCGUCCUGUCGGACGGCGUACACACAUCCGAGUCCUACAAUCUGAUGGUCAGCACAAAGCCGGUUCGUUUGUCUGUCGAAAGAAAUACUGCUUUGAACGUGUUCCCCCUGACCAGGAAAUUGAUUUCGGAGAAGUUGUUGCUAACGAGGUGCUCCGAUGAAACUCGGGAAAUUAAGUACACGGUGCGGAACGGGCCGCGUCUGGGCAAAAUCAUCAUGGAGACGAACGAGGGCGCAUGGUUGAACGUUGAUCGGUUUACGCAAAUAGAUGUCAAUAACAGUAAAGUGUUCUACGAGCAUACCAAACAAUUCAUGGACCUCACCGCCAACGAUUCGUUCGUGUUCGACACGGAGGCGCACUUCGCGGAAUCCUUAACCAAUCAGGUGUUUCAAAUAGACAUCUCCGUGUCCAGCGGCGGGUUGGACAGAUACAUCACGGCGAAGAACGUGUGGGUGGAGGAGGGAAGUUCCGCUCAGGUGAUAAUGAACAUCUCCGGGAUCGUGUCGUUCCUUCAGACCCACGCGGGCAUCUCGAACCCAGUGGUGCUCUCGAGGCUGGUUGGUCAACCGAGUCAUGGUCACGUGAUGAUCAUGCCGGACUUGAAUGUGACCACUUUUUCCCAGCCGCAGAUCGAGAGUGGAAAGAUCGCCUACUAUCACGAUCACUCGGACACGUUGGAGGACCGCAUCAAUUUCUCGUUGUACUUGACGCCCGGCCACAUCCUCCUUUGUAACACCAGCAUCCCGGUGAACAUCGGGCCGGUGAACGACGAGCCGUUCAGACUGGUCACGAACGCGCCGUCCAUCAAAGUGGUCCAGAACCAGAACCAGACCAUAACCAGAAAGAGUCUGCUGACGAUCGACCCGGACACACCUCCCGAAGAAAUCGUAUACGACGUGAUCAAUGCGCCUACUUAUGGUCGUUUGUUGCUGCUACCGUUCAACGAGAACGUGUCGGAGGUGAGAGAGGUGGACAAAUUCACGCAGCACGACGUGGAUUCCAGUCGACUGGUGUACGAGCACAACGGGCCCCUUCAGGCGACCUCGUUCUACUUCCGAGUGUGGGACGGCCGUUUCAAUCACAAGUACGACGUCUUCAACGUCUACGUUCAACCCAUCAAACUGAACGUCACGGUCUCCGGUCCGGUGAGCCUUCAGCAGGGCUCGAACGUCGCGCUCAUUUCCGAGAGUAACGUGAAGCUCGACACGAACGCGAGGCAGGAACUGGUUGUCUACGAGGUCACCAGCAAUCCUAAGUACGGUGUGCUCUACGUCAGGGACGGCGCCGCGGCCAGUUUCAAGCAGACGGACUUGCUCUCGAAGAGCGUAAUGUUCAUGCAGACGGACAUGACGGUGUCCAACGACAGUCUGGAAUUGCGAGCGAGAUUGAGCGGGUUCGAGCAGAAGCAGAUCAAAGUCGAGAUCAAAGUGGCGCCCUUGAUGAUCAUGAAGCCUAUGGUGGCGUUAGCCGGAGAAAAGACUCGGAUCACUCUGCAGCACAUGGACGCCACUCCCCUGGCCAAGCUGACGAACAGCAAUCCCGUCUACACCGUGUUGAAGAAGCCGAAAUUUGGCAGGAUAAAGAGGAUCAUCCGAAGUUCCUCGUCUUCUGGUGAAAAGCGAGGGUUCCGGGAGAAAGAGGUCGCUAAGUUCUCCCACCAGGAGGUGGUGUCCGGUGUGAUGUACUUGGUGUGCAGGAAAAUCCCCACCAUGGAGUACGACGGGGUGCUAGACAGCUUCACGUUCGUUCUGGCAGCCUCGAUCUUCCAACCCGCGGUCGGGGAGUUCGAGUUCCGUGUGAAGCUCGACUUGGACGAGUUCAACAUCACUUUGGGAGGACCUAUGGAUCCGGUGGGCCACGAGGGUGAAAUGGCAAUUGCGCCGAACAUGAGCAACGACUACUUGCUCAUCCUGGGGAUGCUUUUGGGUGUGUUCCUGCUGGGCGUGGUCGUGAUCGUCACGAUCAGGUGCAGGCACAACAGAUACAAACACGCUGAAGAAGAGAAGCCGGAAACGACGCCGGCGGUGGGCGUGAUGCCGCUUCCAAGACCCCCGGACCAUUUGAUGCCCACCACGCCCCAUUUAAAGCGCUUCACGAACGACCAUAACAGCGUUGCCGCCAGCACACCGCUGCCAGUAUUGCCUACCAUGACGUCCACGCUACCUCCGUGCAAGGUAAUACCUCUGGGUCCGCUUGAGAGUAUCACGGGCUCCGAGGUGGACGUCUCGGCCAGGUAUCCCUACGGCGUCGCGGAUGGCGACGAAUGGAGCAGCUUCGACACGUCGGACCUGCCCUGUCCAUCGGCCACCACUCAGAGGACCAACAACCCCUUGUUAAGAAGAAACCAGUACUGGGUCUAGCAAAAGGAGGGCUGUUCGCGGACCCUGCGAACAAAGCCGUAACACUUCCUCCACUCUACGAAAGACUAUGUUUUUCUUACGAACUGCGCGAGAACUAGUCGUCGAUUAUCAUGGUCUUAAUGUGCCUAAAGAGAUGUGACUCUGCGGAUACGGGGAUAUGUGUACCGGAAGCCUCGAUUUUAUAGCGAAACCGUGGCGGAAGCUCUUGUUUACGGAGCAAGAACACUCGCGAAUCUGGGAUCAGAGUUUCCGCCAACAUUUUUCGUUCUUCCUUUCGUUUUUGUACAAAAGAACAAUCUGUUGGGAACGAUGACUAUACGUGUCCCAAAUAGCAGUGUAUCUCGUGUAGUACUGUAGCUUAUCCGCGACGCGGAGAAGAUUGUAAUCGGGGCAAAACGAUUCGUCGGUCGAUCGUCGUUGAUCUCCUCGGUAUUCGUGGGCAGAUGGAAUUGUUUUGGUCCGACUAUAAAGCAAGUAUACAGAACUACUAAGUCAGUCGCUAUUAUGGAUCGAAUGUGCCUAAGAGAUUACCAAGUCUUGUAAGAAUACCUUUUCGUCAGAACGAGAAGACAGGUUCGCUGCUGUCUUUCCUCUUGGUUCGGUGUCGUAUCGGAAGCAUCCUCUGUCCGGACGCGUUCGUUUCCGGUGCUCGUUUCGACCGAAACUACGUCAAUCAGAAUAUUUCUACUCCUUCGGUGUUCCACGGUAUAUGGUACUUCGCUUCUCUCGAUAGGGAAUCACUGCGGUCGAAUCGCUGAAAACGGGAACCAACGUUUACAGGUGCGCCGAGUAACGAAAAUAUUCGGACAACGAUUCUGUUUUAAAUUAUCACGAUUUAUAGUCGUUGCUUCACAAAUGAUUGUUAAUCCUUUUAUUAAUUGAAAAUAUCGAUUGAUCAUCUGGCGGGAGAGAGAGAGAGAGAGAGAGAGAGAGAGAGAAAGAGAGAGAGAGAGAGAGAGCAAAACGAGUCUUUAUACGCUCCGAGAUUUGAAUUUCGCACCCUGCAAAGGCGGGAAGAGAUUUGAAUACUUCCGUUACUCGGUAUAGCUCGAUGGUCGGAAACGUUUGUACAGAGUAUCAGGCGCAGAAACAUUAUACAUAAUUACCUAACGUUUAUAAACGAGAAAAAGGGAAAUGACUGCAAGGUGGAGUGCGUGUUUGAGAUUUAUAUACACACCCCCGGGAGAAAUGUAUAGAAAUUAUAAAGCGACUUUUGUAAUGGCGUAAAUGCGCGCGUUAGACGCGCCCCGUACAAUAGGAACACUACGAGUUUUGCACAUA